AUGGAACCUGAAAGAAGAAAAACCAAGAAAUAUACUUUCAAGAUUUUAGAGGUGGAAGAAUUAAGAAAGCUAGGAUCUUUGAUUGUUGAUCAAGACAAGCUUUGUAGCAAGUAUGGAAGAUUGUUGUAUCUCCUCAGAACCAAGACGGAAGAAGGAAUCCUCUCCACUUUGAUUCAAUUCUAUCACUCAUUAUAUUAUUGUUUCAACUUUCCUAAUUACCAAUUAUUGCCUACCCUGGAAGAAUAUUCAAGUAUUAUUGGGUUGCCUAUUGCUGGAAGAGUUCCUUUCACCGGUUUAGAACAAGAUCCCAAGCCUUGUGAGAUUGCAAAGUCCACUCAUUUGAGAAAGGGAGAAAUUGAAAAGAACAUGGUUACUAAAGGAGGAUUACCUGGAUUACCUACUGAGUUCUUAAUUGAGAAAGCUCUCACCUUCUCACAAGAAAGAAAGGAAGAAGACUUUGAAGCUGUUUUUGCCUUGUUAGUGUAUGGAUUAUUCUUGUUCCCUAACAUUAACAAGUUUGUUGUUAUGAAUGCCGUCAAGAUCUUUAUGAAGAAGAGUCAUGUUCCUACCUUACUUGGGGACACUUACUAUUCUAUUCAUCUCAGAAAUUCCUAUGGAAAGGGAAUGGUUACCUGUUGUACUCCUUUGCUAUACAAGUGGUACAUAUCUCAUUUUCCUGACACCUCUGAAUUGUGGAGCCAAAAAGAAGGAUUGAAAUGGUCACAUAAGAUCAUGACUUUUACCAACACUGAGAUUAUUUGGACAAACAACCAAUUUUGUAGAAUGAAGACUUUGGACUGCUGCGGUGAUUUCCCUAAUGUGCCUCUCAUUGGUACAAAAGGAGCAAUAAGCCAUAGCCCCAUGUUAGCUCGUCGUCAAUUUGGGAUUCCUAUGGACAAAAGACCUAGGAGCAAUUUAUUGGAUGGGUUCUUUCUGGAAGAAAGAGUUGAGAACAAGGAGUUUAGAUAA